GGCGCGGCAGUCGGCCGCCGGUCCUCGCGCGAGGAGUGUGUGCUCGCGGGGGUGGUCCCAGGACGGCGUCAGAGCGUCAGACCAGGAGAACUCUGAAAGGCUACUGGCUGCAGCUGGCAGAAGAACUUCAGAGGCUUCAGACUUCAGUCAGAGACCUCAGCCGGCCCUACUGAGCCCCUGCUCGUCCCGACGGCAGACGGACGGCCAGGAUGCGUGUGGCGGUAGCCCUGCUGCUGCUGCUGGCGGCGCUCGGCAGCAGCCCGGGCGUCUCGGCUCAGCUGGAGGUCAUGGAGGUCGGCAGUCUGAUCCGCACAGCUCUGGGUGUAGCUGAGUUCAUCACCACCACCUGGAACGACCUGUUCGCCAACAAGACCGGCGUCACCAUCCCCGACCUAUCCGGCACUCUGGCGGCCGGCUCGAGCGACUCGGAGCUCCUCGGCCGGUUCCGUCAGCUCAGCGACACAAUCCAGGGCCUGGAGGAUAACAUGCGCUCCAUGCAGCAGAGCCUGCGGCAGAUCCAGGGCGCUGCGCAGGCCGAGGUGCGCUGGGAGCUCACUGUGGAGACCAUGGAGAACCUGCUGCGACCCAUCAACAGCAACUAUGGCCGCUUCCUGUACUACCAGCAGCAUAACAACACCGUCGAGCGGCACACCCUGGAGGACUUUGCCACGCACGCCGUGUCGCACGACCCACACUCGCUGCAGUCGACCAUGUCCAACCUCCACCACCUGGCCAAGGGGCUGGGCAUGCGGGUGGGGCCGCACAACCGGCACACGCGGUACGCCUUCAAACAGGGCCUGUUCAGACAGCUGCAGACGGUGCUGACGGGCUCCAAGUCGAUGGUGUGCGAGCUGCAGCAGUCUCCGCAGCAGAUGGCCUACGGCCUGUACGGUAUCCUGGCGCUCACACUGGCCAAGGGCUACUCGAUGAUCCAGUUCUCCUACAUGCUGUUGCGGCUCUAUGAGAAGGGCUCGUUCACGGUCGAGGCCCGUCUCACGGCCGAGACCUACGAGCAGAUGUCGUUCGAGGUGGCCUCCGAGGCGCAGCACGUCAUCAAGGACCUCUCCAACUCCUACUGGCGCUGCGACCCCGCCAAACACGAGGAGGGCAAGACGUACGAGCAGGUCACCGAGCUGCUGCAGGGCUACAUGGAGAACGAGGUCGACCUCAACCGCGACGGCACUUGCAACAACAACUGCGCCUACUACCAGCAUGCCCGCCGAGAGGGCUGCUACAUGGUUGGUAACGUUGCCAACGCCACGGAGGAGCAGCAGAAACGCAACUUCAUGAUCUGCGGCCACCAGCGGCCGUGCAAGGGCAAGGUGCACAGCUGCCGCUUCUUCAACGCCGACUCGACGGUGUGCUUCGCGGAUGGCACCGACGGCAGUCACCGGCGCUAUAACUGGAUUGAGUUUGAGAACGGCCAGAAACUGGGCCGCGUCGGCAGGUGCUCCUCAUCGCGGAAGGUGGACAGUUGGUGGAGGAACCUGUUCUGGCACUGCUCCUAUUGCUUCUGUCUGUGUGACGACGCCGAGACCUCGGACCGCUACUUCAGCCUCCAGCCGGCCGUGGCAGAUGUCGCCCAGAACAUGGUCGUCACUGGGGUCAGGUUCGUGAAGAAGGACCGCGUGUUCUACAUCCAGAUCGAGCAGGGGGUGGCCGAUAAGUUCGGCUACGUCAACGCCUCGACCGUGGAGUGGAAACCCAUCAAGAGCCUCAUCGACAUCAAGCGUGACGUUGAGAAUCGUGACUACAUGAAGCUGUCGUGGGAGCGCCGUCGGGUGGACCUGGACGACCUGCGCGCGCCGGACGGUCACGUGGUCACCGGUGUCACCUUCCGGAAGCUCGGCGAACACCUCAACAUGGAGAUCCAGGUGACCCCGAUCGCGGCCCGCACGGCCAAGCUGAGCCCCACCAAGGGCUACUGGGUGUCCAACGACAACACACCCUCAUCUCUCAACUCACCGCGUCGCGACCUGCGACUGGGCGGCGACCGGGACGUGCCGACGCUCACCCAGCAGCCGAGCUGGCCGGACAGUGAUAGCGACACGUUCCUGCAGUUCGAGGCCACCUCCGUGUACCGGGACGCCUCCCAGACGACGAUCCCGUUCCUGGACAGCCAGCCGGUAGCGCCGCGGCCGGCCGUCUGGCUCACCGGCCUCGGACUCUACCAUAAGGGCCAGCCGGGCUACGGGGGCUUCCUAGCGCUGCGCGUGGAGACGCUGGACCUGACGUCGCGCGUGGCGGCUGACCUGAGCGGCGGGGCUGAGCUCUCCCCCGAUGGUACCAUCACGUACGCCUCGCACGAGGUGGAUGACUUCGGUGUGGUGCAGCUCCAGUGAGUCCCGGCGGGUGCGCAGCUUGAGGAGAGGACUGAGGGUGGAGUGAGAUCACUGGCGGGCGGGUGACGGAGUGCGUGUUGUAUCAUCUCAGUGUAUGUGUAUGUGUCGGGGGGGGGGGGGGUGCGAAAAGAUAGUUACAACCGGGUACGGAUGGAAGGAUAAUGUAUAAGCGGCUCGCAGGAGCUAAAUGCGUUGUCUGAUGGUGAAUGGUAAUGACACCGGGAAGGAAUGUCUCGAUGUGUUAAUCGGAGUUUUAGUGAAGCGUGCCGCUUUGUUGGCGAGAGUGUUUCUGAGUACCAUUAUAUGUUGAGAACGAGCUAUGGUAGGUAGUCAAGGUUGUGAUUAUGCUUUGUCUAAGCACGUCCUGUUCGACGCGAAAAAAUGAAUGAAGUGCGUCUUGCAUUUGGCAGCGUCCUUCAAAACAUUUCGCACCCUCUCUGUAAUGUUUUGCAAUGGUAUUUCUUGCGAUCCCUUCCUAUGCUGUAGCUUCCAAGAUUUAGACUGUAGACUUGGUCUAAAAUCGAGCGUUUUAUCUGGCAUGCAUGUAGUGUUAUUAGUUGUGGCUUAUUUCACCGUUCUAAUCGGUGAUACGCUCGUGUUUUUAUGUCAAUAGCCCACAUUUUCAUAAGCAGGUGCACCUGUAAUGAUGUUCUCAGUGUGCUAUCUAUGCAGACUUCUCUAUGCUUUCGAUGGAAGGAUAAUAUGAAAUAUAAAAGAUGUAGACAUUC